AUGUCAGAAUCUGAGGAAGAAAAUCAAGAUUUUCCUCCCAAAACAAAAACAUCAUUAGAAGAACAUGGUUGUGCUAUGGAUUUUGAUCUGGAUUUAGAAACUUCAUGGCCUUUGGAUCACAUGUCCUUUAUCUCAAACCCUAUGUCACCUUUUCUGUUUUCCACCAUCUCUGAUCAACCUUCCUCUCCUCUAUGGGUUUUUAGUGAUGGAGAAGAUGACAAACAUGCCAAAGUUGCUGCUUCAGCUUUCUCUGAUUGCCACAAGAUCUUCUCUUGUGAUUCGAAUUCGAUAACUGAGAAGCCAGUCGAGAAUGAUAACAAAACGUUUUUGCCGCCGCUGAUGCCACCAAUAGAAAAUUUGGAUGGAUAUUGUGCAAUCAAGGAAAAGAUGACACAGGCGCUUCGCUAUUUCAAAGAAUGGACUGAACUGAAUAUUCUGGCUCAGGUUUGGGCGCCGGUGAGGAAUGGUAAUCGGUAUGAACUUACAACUUCAGGUCAACCGUUUGUACUUGAUCCGCAUAGUAAUGGACUCAAUCAGUAUAGAACGGCUUCCCUGAUGUACAAGUUUUCGGUGGAUGGAGAGAACGAUGGAACUCUAGGACUUCCUGGUCGAGUUUUCCAGCAGAAACUACCGGAAUGGUCGCCUAAUGUUUUGUAUUAUUCUAGUAAAGAGUAUCCUCGCCGAGAUCAUGCUCAACAUUACAACGUUCGUGGAACCUUGGCUUUGCCUGUGUUUGAACCUUCGUUGCAGUCGUGUAUUGGUGUGAUUGAGUUGAUUAUGACUUCACUGAAGAUUAACUAUGCUCCUGAGGUUGAAAAAAUCUGCAAAGCCCUUGAGGCCGUAAAUUUGAGGAGUUCGGAAAUUUUGGACCAUCCAUUUACUCAGAUUUGCAAUGAAGGGCGUCAAAAUGCGUUAUCCGAGAUCUUGGAGAUAUUGACAGUGGUGUGUGAAACUCAUAAUUUGCCUCUCGCGCAAACAUGGGUUCCCUGUAGGCAUAGGAGUGUUUUGGCUCAUGGUGGCGGUUUCAAGAAAAGUUGUUCGAGUUUUGACGGUAGUUGCAUGGGGCAAGUUUGCAUGUCUACAACUGAGGUAGCAGCCUAUAUCAUAGAUGCUCGUUUAUGGGGUUUUCGAGAGGCAUGUGUCGAGCAUCACUUGCAACAUGGUCAAGGUGUUGCUGGAAGGGCUUUUUUGUCCCAAAACAUGAGCUUCUGCACAAACAUUACGAAAUUCUGCAAAACGGAUUACCCUUUGGUUCAUUAUGCUCUCAUGUUUGGGUUAACAGGCUCUUUUGCUAUCUGUUUGCGGAGUUUUCAUACGGGAAAUGACGAUUAUGUACUAGAGUUUUUUCUGCCUCCUGCAAUCACCGCAUUUCAUGAACAGAAGACACUCUUGGGAUCUAUAUUGGCAACAAUGAAACAGCAUUUUCAGAGUCUUAGUAUUGCUGUUGGCGUUGAACUUGAGGAAAAUGGUCCAGUUGAAAUCAUUGAAGCAACAGGUGAAGGCAUCCGUCUUAGAAUUGAAUCUAUUCCAAUUGCUCAAACUAUUAAAUCACCGCGUAUACCCGAUGCCUCGCCAAAUAUGGAGGAGGAGGAGUUACCACAUGAUCCAUUAGAGAUCCAUGGUGAAAAUGUAGGUGGAAGCAUUGAUCCGGUGUCCUCUUUAGGGAAUAAAAACAUAAAGAAACCCUCGGAGAGGAAACGUGGAAAAACUGAGAAAUCUAUUAGUCUUGAAGUUCUACAACGUUAUUUCGCUGGGAGUCUUAAAGAUGCUGCAAAAAGCCUUGGCGUUUGUCCUACUACAAUGAAGCGCAUCUGCAGGCAGCAUGGUAUAUCCCGUUGGCCAUCUCGAAAGAUCAACAAGGUUAACCGUUCCCUGUCAAAGCUCAAGCGUGUUAUUGAAUCUGUGCAAGGGGCUGAAGGGACGUUUGAUUUGAAUUCUCUCAACGCUAAUCAACUUCCAGUUGCUGGUUCUUUUCCCGACCAUUCUACUCCGAACAAGUCCAGCCAGCAAGCUUCAUUAAACAUUAGUCCAUCAGAGCCUCAGAUGAAAGAAAAUGAAUUUUAUGCCCCUAAAGUAUUAGAAACAAACAUACCAAUUGUAAUGGAAGAUCAAUUGCUUGAAGGAAGGAAGCACGGUCUUGGCAAGGACCGAAAAAGGACUCGAAGUAGGAGUAUCUCAAGCGAAGAUAGCAUAAAUCCUACUUCCCAUGGUUCAUGCCAUGAUAGUCCCCCAAACGAAAUUUCAACCAUAAAAGAUCCAUUCAUUCCAUCCAACAAUGAUCAAUAUGUUGUGUUGAGGGGAUCGCCAGAGUCAAGAAUGCAGCCAACUUAUGCAUUCAACUCUCCAACUGCUCACCGUUUGCCUGACAAUAUCUUAGCAGAACUUCAAGAGCCGUUUGGAGGAAUGCUAAUAGAGGAUGCAGGUAGUUCAAAAGACUUGAGAAACUUGUGUCCUUCAGUGGCUGAGGCCAUUUUGGAGGAUCUAGCUCCAGAGCCUUAUGGGAAUAACCUUCCAUGUUCAUAUCUGGCUCCUAAACAAUGCAUGGAAGCUACUAAUAAAUCAGUGACGCCUUUCGCAGCUAGAAAAGAAAUGAAAACUGUGACUAUCAAGGCAACAUAUAGAGAAGAUAUCAUAAGGUUUAGGGUCUCUUGGAACUGUGGCAUUGUGGAAUUGAAAGAGGAAGUUGCCAAAAGAUUGAAACUUGAGAUUGGUACAUUUGAUGUCAAGUACAUGGAUGAUGAUAAUGAAUGGGUUUUGAUUGCCUGUGAUGCAGACCUGCAGGAGUGUAUGUAUGUUUCAAGAUCAUCGGGUGAAGGCAAGAUAAUUCGGGUUUUGGUGCAUGAUGUAACGUCGAAUCUUGGAAGCUCGUGGGAGAGUUCGGGGGAGUGA